AUGCAUUCAAGAAAAGCCCUACACGAAAAACAGAUCAAUGAGAUCAAGGCAGCGGCGACGCCCCGGAAAGCCAGCUUGAGGCUGGAUGAUAUCGAAAAUGCGUCGCCAGGCUCGGCCCUCGGUACGCCUCGAGGGGGGCGGAUAGGCGAAAUCACUGAAGAAGUCAUGGUAGGAGGUGUAUCGGUGACGCCUAUCAAGCGGGUUCCGAUUCUCGCCAACUUCGAAGAAUGGAUGAAGAUGGCAACAGAUAACAAAAUCAACGCAACCAACUCAUGGAACUUCGCCUUAAUCGACUACUUCCACGACAUGUCUUUAUUGAAGGAAGGUGAUGGUGUCAAUUUCCAAAAAGCCAGCUGCACUUUAGAUGGGUGUGUCAAGAUUUACACAAACCGAGUCGACAGUGUCGCUACCGAAACUGGCAAGCUGCUGAGCGGCCUGGCUGAUAGCAGCAGCAAGAAGAAAGGGCGAGAUGGCGAAGACGCAGAAGGGGACGAAAGCGAGGACGAGUUGGAUGAGGACGGCAACCCUAAAAAGAAGUCCAAGAAGAAGACACAAAGAUCAUCAGAGGCUACGCUGGCUCCCUCAUUCAGCGCGCUACAGCUGAAGAAGUUUGAGCUUGAAUUUACUGUCGAUCCUCUUUUCAAAAAGGCAUCGGCGGAUUUUGACGAGGGUGGUGCCAAGGGCUUGCUACUUAACCAUCUAAUGAUCGACUCUCAAGGGCGGAUUGUUUUCGAUAGCAGUGACGAUUCCGGCGAUGUUGCCCCCAUGGAGAAGAAUGACGAAAUGGAAGACGCAGACCCAGAUACUGACGAAGCUGAUAUUACUGCGCAGCUCGAGGAGCGGUUAGGAGAAGAAAGUUCAAAGGAAGAUGAGGAGCCAACGGUCGAAAUUGAUCUUGUAUCUCUGGGCCAGAAGUUUUUGCCCAGUCUGAGCCAACUUGAUGGGCUGGAUGUGUGCCCGUCUCUCAAGAACUUUGAUCUCGGAGAUUCAUCAGGCUCUAUGGAUAUCCCUUUCUUGAGAGCCCCGGAUGACUGGAGAGACCAGGACAAGAAUCACGCGGCGGGAGAUCAUUCUGGCAUGCUUAUUGACGACGACGCUCCCAUCGAAUUCGACGAUGACGACUUAGGCCUUGGCAGCUUCGACAUUGGCGGCGAUGUUGCGUUCGGCGAAGGUGGCGAGGCUUGGGCCCGUGAUGCGGCCCUCGCACCGCAAAUGAGAAUAUACGAUGCAGAGAUGGGCGACGAUGGUGUGGACGGGGACGGUUUCGACGACAACGGCGAAUACAUCGUGUCCAUGGUUAAGCCUCGAAAUGCUGAUAAGAUGCAUGAGGAUAUUCUUGGAUUCUUCGAUCAAGCUUUACAGAAGAACUGGAGCAGCGCGGAACAUUGGCGAAUACGUAAGAUCAAGGACGCUAAUAAGCCAGCCGGCGAGACAAAAAAACGCAAAGAGAAGGAGCCGUUUGAGAUUGAUUUUGCUUCACCGCUUGAGUCAACCAUGGCAAACAUAAUCCAUACACCAGCUUCUAGCAACUCAGUGAUCAGUAUGCCAAAGAAGGACUGGAAGUCGAAGUCGAGGAAUCUGCUUCCUGAUGACAAACAUUUCAAUUCCAAGUCACUUUUGAGUCUCUUCCUAAAACCGAAAGCCCGAUUAUCAGCCCGCCGAAUUGUGGGUGGGUUUGGCCCACGGAUGGGCUACGGGCAGGAUCAGAAGGAUGACAACCAACAGAUUGAAAUGGAUGAGGCUUUCUGGGCAAAACAAAAGGGCCCCGAGGACACGGCACUCCCUGAAGGCGACUACGAUGCCAACUUCUUCCAGGACGAUGGCUUGCCUUUCCCAGGAGGUGAUGACGCAGAUGACGACGAUCUUGAGUUUGCUGAUGCUCGUGAGCACUUAUCACCCGAUGGGGAUCCAGGCAUGACGGAAGCUGGAGGUAUCACUGCCAUGUUAGGAGGAGAGACAUUCACAAAUGCGGCGUUUGGUCACACCCUCGUGACUUCGACAAGAAGGAUAAGGCCAGAAUACGUCAAUUACGCGCGUAAAGCCACAAAGGUUGAUGUACGGCGCCUGAUGAAGGAAAUCUGGAAAGGCAUGGCCUUUGACCAGAUCGACAUCCCGCCCGAGGAGAGAACGUCAAUGACAGCUUCUUCUGAAGCAGAAGAGAAGCCGCUGCCUCCAGAAGACGACCCAACUCUCAACUUUACUGAGGUUAUGAAUGGCCUGAAAUCAGUAUACCCCAAGUCUGCCAUGAAUGACAUAUCAACUUCAUACUGCUUUAUCUCCCUGCUGCACUUGGCAAACGAAAAAGGUCUUGUGAUUGAUAAAUCAGAAAACCUGGAAGAGCUGAAGAUUCGGAAGGACUGGACAGCCAAGGUAAGCGAGGGUGGCGAGUAA